AUGGAGAACGAAGAGAAGGACAAUCGUGCGACAGGCGAGGAACUCCCACCGGAGCUGAUCGACCCCAUCACCCUCACUCUCAUGGUGCGUGGCCACCUCAUCUGGGCUCAAAUCUUGGCCGGCUCUGAAACGGAUGAGUCAUCGUUUGUUGUGCAGGAGGACCCUGUCAUGCUGAUACACUUCUCGGCGGAGUCAAUCGGGGCGUGGACGCGACUGCAAGCGCAGGCCAAGACUCAGUGUCCCGUGUGCAAGAUUGGCAUCAGUCCAGACCAGCCACCCAUGCCCAACUGGACCCUCCGCAACAUCAUCCACCGAUAUCGUGAGAAGCACGGCAAGCAGCUGCUCGCAGGCGGCGACAGCGCGGCGCAGGUGCAGAUUGACCUCAAGCCGGCCGAGGAUGACCCGCUCCUCAAGCCCUCCGAUCGGCUUCCAUUGCUUCCUCGAGGCCUUCUGGCCGGAGGGGUUGAGCACACCCCGAGGUUGGCGAGCAAGCCAUGCAGCAGUUCGAAGAAGAAGAAGAAGCCAAACAGCAAGAAGAGUGAGGGAACGCCUCCAGCCCUGACGCUCGGGUCCUCAAGGACAGCGCCCCUGAUCGACCUUGCCAAGGCCGGCCCGCAGCCCGCGGCGGGUGGACAAGGCCAAGCCCAGGCCGGCGGUGGCAACAACGGCAGCUGCGAGUGCUGCUGCGCUGGAUGCGAACUCCCAAAGGGUCCGCGCGGGUGCUGCGUGUGGGAAUGCGACGAAUGUGGCGUGUGCCGCAUGGCCAACGACUUCAAGGGCGACGACUGCUGGUUCAGGUUCCCGGUCACGACGCUCACGUGCCAGGUGUCGUUCAGCAAGUGGAGCAACUGGUGCACGCGCACCCUCUGCGGGUUGAUCUACCCGCUGUGGGUGCCGCUCGUCCUGUGCCUUAUGGUGUGCGACCAGCUGCUCAUGCUUGUGUUCUGGAGCCUGUGGGUCCUGGGCUCAUGCUUCUUCAAGCUGACGUGGUACUUCUGCCCGAGCUUCAACCAGUGGGUGGAUGCCAAGCUGGGUCCAGCAUCAACCCGCAUUGGCCAGAUCUGGUGA